AUGAGUUACUCGCCACAACCACCACCACGAAGCUAUAACAGCACAUUGAACGUUGAUUGUAUUGAUGGUGUGUAUAGAUCAACACAGCAAGUUAGCCCAUUGACCAAGCAAGUCAACCAUUUGGCGUAUGAGAUUCCCAAAAAUAAGUACGCCCAAAACCCGUGGAAUUAUGCUCCCGAAUUCUUAAAAGUUUUUGGAGAUGUGAAAGUCCAUGUUGGCGGAAGAGCGGUUUUCGAUUGCGUCGUGCUGGGAAGUCCAAGACCAAAAGUUUGCUGGCUUUUUAACGAAGACAAAAUUCGAUUCACCGACGUGAUCAUCGAGGACACCGCAGAUAUCUGCCGACUCACCAUUCCAUACGUUCAACCCUAUCACUACGGCACAUUCACAGUACUUUGCGAGAACGAGGUCGGACGUGCUACUGCUCAAGGCGAACUCAUGCCUCUAUAUGAAUGA